AUGGUCAGCAACAACUGGGUAUCGGAUAAGUAUGAUUGGGAAAAGGAAAUUGUCCUUAUCACAGGUGGUUCUGGUGGCAUUGGCGGAUGCAUGGUCCGUCUAUUUGACGAGCUAGGGGUUAAGGUAGUCGUACUUGAUAUCCAGCCUAUGGCCUUCACAACUUCUGGAAGAAUCAGUUAUUAUCACUGUGAUCUUAGAUCACCUGAGAGCGUCAAUGCUGUGGCUGAUAGGAUUCGCACCGAAGUAGGCCACCCAACCGUCAUCAUCAACAACGCCGGUGUCGUUCGUGGUAAGACGAUUCUCGACAGCGAGCCGAGCGAUAUCCGGUUCACGUUCGAUGUGAAUACAUUUGCUGCGUUCUGGGUCACCAAGGCCUUCUUGCCCAACUUGAUCGCACGGGAUCACGGCAUGAUUGUCACAGUAACUUCGACUGCCUCCUGGCUCGCCAUCCCCAACUUGACAGACUACUGCGGCAGCAAAGCUGCUUCACUAGCCUUUCACGAAGGUCUCGCUGCUGAACUCAAGUCCAAGUACAACGCCCCAAAAGUUCGCACCGUGGUAGUUCAUCCUGGCCAUACAGCGACUCCGCUCUUCGAAGGUUACAACCAGGAUACGGCGUUUCUCAUGCCUGAGCAACAACCCGAGUCGAUCGCUGAAGCAGUAGUUAAGAAGGUUCUGAGCGGGCGUUCGGGCUCCGUCAUCGUUCCCCAAACGGUCGGCAUGUUAUCACCGCUGCGAGCAAUGCCUGAAUGGUACGGUCGGACCGUGCGGUCCGAUGCUAGAAUUAUGUCAAAGUGGAACGGACGGCAGGUAAUCAACGAUGUUAGUGGGCCGCAGGAUGACAAGCAGGCGCAGAGUGAUGAAAGUGAGAGUGUGUUGCUGGUUCCCUAG